AUGGGGCAACUCAUCCUCCACGAAGAUCCCCUUUCCGCGAACUGCUACAAGAUCAAACUGACCGCUGCUCUCUUGUCCAUCCCACUAGAGCGGCGAAGAUAUUCAAUCCUGGCCGGCGAGACCAAGACACCGGAGUUUCUGCAGAACAUCUCGGCCUUCGGACGGAUUCCAGUACUCCAGAUUGACGCCACGACGCUCCUCCCGGAGAGCAAUGCGGCAUGCUUCUACCUGGCCGAAAACGCAGCGUCGCUGUCCUCCUCAACAUCUACAGCAUCAUCACCACUACUCAACCUGAUUCCGACGUCGGCCUUGCAGCGUGCAGAUAUGUUGAGAUGGAUGUUCUUCGAGCAGAACAACCACGAGCCCACCGUCGCCACGUUGCGCUACUGGCUGUACGUCCUGGGCGAAGAGACUCUAGCCGAGGACCGUAUCGUGCAGCUUCCUGGUAAGAGAGUGGCCGCGCGCCAGGCAAUCGAUUACGUGGAGGAUCGGCUGUCCAAGAGCGAGUCUGGGUGGCUCGUGGGCGAUGGCAUCACGCUUGCUGAUAUCUGUUUGUUUGCGUACACGCAUCUUGCCCACAAUUCGGGAUUUGAUCUGAAGGAUUGGCCGGCUGUAGUGGCUUGGUGCGAGAGGAUCAAGGCGGUGGACGGAUUCAUCGAGUACGACGAGUCGAAUUGA